CGCCACUCUGGUACCCGAUGGUUCAACGGUGAAGUCUGACAAUAAUUUUUUCACGAAAUUUAAUUCACUUUUAAAGUUUUCCAAUCCCACUGAAGAGGAAGCGUCCACGAGAAAUACAAGGUCCACCUUUAAAUUGGAUUAAAAAGGUUAUUUUGCAGUUCUUAAAAGACAUACAUAUAAGGAAAUAAAAGAGUAAAGAAUACCUAAAGGAUGGAAGUUUCGUUUACUCAAGUGGAAAGAUGAAAAAGGGGUUAUAUACCUAUAUAAUAUACUGAAACCAUAAUUGUGGAAGGGAUAUUCGAAGAUGGGCCAUCAUGAUGAGCGGCGAGAAAUGCAUCUCAGAAGGGAAAACAGUUUCCGAAUGAACUGCAUUCGAGUUACAUGUCUGCAUCAAAGCGCGAGUUGGAGUCAAUUUUCCCCCUUUUCUCUCAUUUCUUUUCAUUAAAAAUUAGUGACAACAAAUCUUUAAUAAUUCUCAUGAACAAACACUUGGGACAAUAAUUUAUUUAUUCAGAAUGUAAAUAUGUAUAAUCAAACGCAGUAAUAAAAAAAGAUGAAAUCUAAUUUUCAUCGGUAAAUUAUUCCCUACAGUAGUUGUAAAAUAAACAAAAAUAUGUAUUGUAUAUUUGUUGUACAUAUUCUUACAGCCCCUUUUUUCUAAUAAUUUCAUUUUCAUAAAAACCUAAUGAUACGUGUUUACAUAAUUUAUUAAAAUUUAUAAAUUAUAAAUGUGUGACGAUGAAUUUAAUUCUAUUAUCAAUUUUUCUAUGCGUCUCGCCAUCAUUGUCGGAGUUACGAAAGGAAUUUUUGCCAUUCCGCAAGAGACAAAAUAUUUUCAGUAAAUUGAGAAAGCGUCACAUUGAUGGGGAAUAUCUAGAGCAAUGCGCAAUUAUUAAUUUUACAAAUGGAUUGAAUUUCGGAAAAGUCAAUGUUCUUGCAUUUCUCGACGCAACUUGGCAAUACAGUCAUCGACAGGCAGUGAUGCUAAAAGAUUUGAUGGGACGUUUCGAGAGAUAUGGUUUAGUGGAUAUAAAUUUUGUUGUUAUUAAUUCGAUGUCAACGACGAAAACGCAACAAGUGGAAAUUGAUGUUGAGAGGAAAACGUGGAUGACAAUAAAUUCAAGUGAGGCGGAAAAUAAUGUUUCUCCCGUUGAACUUAACGUUGAAACAUUAAAAGAAAUCCUGGGCGAUGAAAUUGUAUUUAUUCAGGAUGAUUUGGAUCUUGACAUUUGGAGGAAGCUUCACGUGUCACGUGAUCAAAUAGUUGUUGUCGAUGGUUGUGGACAACUGACAUAUCAAGUGAUUGUUCCUUGGAGUAUUUUACAUUUUCCCUACGUAAAGGCAGCAAUACUUUCGACAUUCAAUGAUGAACCGUGUGGUGCAUGUAAGGCAAGUGACUAUCAAGAAAUUGCAGCAAACGAACCAAUUAAUGAUCAGGUACCGAAUGAGGACGAAAGUACCACAUUGGAAACAAUGACGACAAUAGCAAUUGAGAUGGAAAUAACACAAGUCACAUCUGAAGGAAUAUUAGCAGCAAAAGCCAAAGAUGAAAUUCAACUAAGAGCAGAAACAGUAAAAGCAGCAAAACAAGUUGAAACAACGACAGAAAUGGUAAAAAUAACAGAACAAGUCAAAACAACAACGGAAGAAAUGGAAACAGCAGUAGAAGCAACAGAAAAAGUUGAAACAAUGACAGAAAUGAUAAAAAUAGCAGAACAAGUCAAGACAACAACAGAAGAAAUGGAACCAUCAGCAGAAGCAACAGAAAAAACUGAAACAAAAAAGGAAAAGAUAAAAGUAACAGCAGCAUCAACAGACGCAACAGAAAUAGUUAAAGAAGAAGAAGGAGAAGUGGAAGCAACAGAACAAGUUGAAACAUCGACAGAAAGAAUAAAAAUAGUAAGAGAAAAAGUUGAAACAGCAGCAGAAAGAACAAAAGCGACAGAAGAUGAUGCAGCGAAAAAACCAACAAGUACAAAAGAAGAACUUGAAACAGCAACAGACAAAUUUCAAGUAACAACGAAAGAAAUAGAAACAACAAUUGAAGCAACGACAGAAACAACUAAAGAAGCUGAAACGAUGACAGAAACAAUUAAAGAAGUUGAAACAACGACAGAAACAACAAAAUCAAACUUAAGUAUUGUAACGGAAGGAGGGACAAUAAAAGUAGCACAAGAAGAAAGAGGAGAUUAUGAAACAAAAGCAGAAGAAGAAGUUGAAACAGCAACAGAAACAUUAAAUGGUACAGAAAAUGAACAAGUUAAUAUAACAACAGAGGCAAUAAAAUCAGAAGAAGAAGAAGAAGAAGAAGAAGAAGAAGAAGAAGAAGAAGAAGGAGAAGGAGAAGGAGAAAAUACUGGAACAACAGAGAAGGAAAUAAAAAUAACAGAAGAAGAACAGGGACAAAAAGCUGAAACAACGACAGAAGCAACAAAGACAAAAGAAGAAGAAGAAGAAGUUGAAACAACAAUAGAAAUGAUAAAUGAAGAAAAGGCAACAACAACAGUACCUGAAGUAACGGAAACAAUAGAAGACAUUGAAGCUCAAGUGAACAAUGGGGCUACAAGUGUAUCCCAAGAAAAUGAUGUUAUAGAAACAACAACAAAUGUUGAUGCAACAAAUACCAAAGAAGAAGUGAAAAAUGAUAAAGUGACAGAAGAAUACAAAUUAUCGGAUUUUAAAACUGAAAAUUUUCACCACAUUCCUACUGUGCAGCAAUCAUCAGAAGUUGAAAGGAAUGAUGAUAGAAUAACAACCAUUGAAAUAGCAAAAAAUCAAACAAAACUACCAAAUGUUCGUUCAAUUUCAAAUUCAAAAAAUCACGACAUCGUCUCAUGGCAAAAAAUUGAAAUGGACAAGAAAAAUUCUGAUAGUAAAAAAUGGACAUUUCCAAUACGUAUUAUAAUGAAAGCGCCACAUUUGGAUAUUAAUGAGAAUUCUCUCGUGAAACAUGAUUAUCUGAUAUUAAAAACAGACAAUGAAAAUUAUCAUCAACAUUUUGAUUCUGGAAUUAAGAUUGAAUUGCCAAGGGGAAAUUUUAAUUUUUCCCAUAAUAUUAAUAAUAGUAAUAGUGAAAAUAGUGAUUUAAAAAAAAUUAUCGAUAUUUUAAACAUUGAAAAUCAUCAACUUUUGAGUAACCAAAAUUUCCCGCCAAAUGAAAAUGAGACAAAUUUCAAAAAUAAAUUACAAACGAACGAAUUAAAAUUUUCCAUUAAUCAUCAUAAUGUGAAUCAAGAGACGGAGAAAAUUGAUCACACAAUUUUUGGCAAAGACGAGAGUCCUGGAAUUUUUGAUACAAUGGCGAGGGAUGAUUUUGAUAUUUUCCACACGGAGAAACCCGAUUAUGAUCUCAUUUACGAGAUGGAGGAAAUGGAUAAAAAUCUGGAAAAUUACGAGGAUGAAAAAAAUCUCGAAUAUUCAGUAAGUGAAAAGGAGGAAAGAGCUAAAAUAAAAUUAAUUGAUCAUUAUAGUAAAUUAUUAUCGUGGAUUCAUUACGUUCUAAAUUAAUCGAAUUUUCAUAAAAUUCAUUUUUAUGCAAGGAAAAAUUUUUUUUUUAAAAUUAUAUAAAUAGUUUUUAUGUAAUAAUAACUUGUACAUAAACAAUUUUUUUACAGAGAAAAGUAACUUUUUUAAAAAAUUUGUAACGAAAAAAAUA